AUGACUGUUAUUAUAGUUAGUGACCUGGUUGGCAUUUGCAUAAUCGGGUUGCUUUUUUCCUACUGCUAUUCGAGAAUUUGCUUUUUCAAAAGGAGAAAACACGAGGAUGCUUAUGGUUCUGAGAAUAGGGGUAAAGGCAAGAGGAAAGAGUGCCCCUGUUUCAGAAGUGACGACUCGGGGCCGUUAUCUGAGAAUGCCGAGCAUUAUGAUCUAGUGCCUUUAGAUGGACAGGUGGCAUUUGAUCUAGACGAGCUCCUGAAAGCGUCUGCAUUUGUGCUUGGUAAAAGCGGAAUUGGGAUUUUGUAUAAGGUUGUCCUCGAGGACGGGCAGACCUUGGCAGUUAGAAGAUUGGGGGAAGGAGGUUUGCAAAGGUUUAAGGAGUUUCAGACCGAAGUAGAAGCCAUUGGGAAGGUUAAGCAUAGAAAUAUUGUGAAUCUCAGAGCUUAUUAUUGGUCGGUGGAGGAGAAGCUUCUUAUAUAUGAGUUCGUGCCAAACUGCAAUCUUGCUACCGCCAUCCAUGGAAAACCGGGCCUCACAUUCAACCCUCUCCCAUGGGACGCGCGUCUCAAGAUCAUGCGAGGUGUCGCCCGAGGCCUUGCCUACAUCCAUGAUUACAGCCCCAAGAAGUACGUCCACGGCAACCUCAGGCCAUCCAACAUCCUCCUCAGGCCCGAUCUUGAGCCAGUCAUCUCAGACUUCGGCCUGGCCCGUCUCGCCACCAUAACCGGUGCCACCAUCACCAGUGGGUCACCCACCACUGUCUCAGGCCGCACGGCAGCAACCUUCGAGACAGCCCAGUCCAUGGAGCCGGGCCACGUGCUCUCCUCGUCCGGCUCGUUCGGCUCGUCUUACCUGGCCCCUGAGGCCCCCCAGGCCAUGAAGCCUUCCCAGAAAUGGGACGUUUACUCGUUUGGGCUGAUACUGCUCGAGAUGCUGACGGGUAGGCCGCCUGUGGUGCAGGCUGGGGGCUCGGAGAUGGAACUCGUCCGGUGGAUCGAGUUGUGUGUUGAGGAGAGGAGGCCCGUUUCAGAUGUUUUGGAUGCGAGCCUUGCAGCCCGAGAGGAGGAGGGGAGAGAAGGGGAGAUGAUGGGGGUUUUGAAGAUUGCGAUGGCGUGCGUGCAGGUCGGGCCCGAGAGGAGGCCCAUGAUGAGGCACGUGUGUGAUGCGCUCGAGCGGGUACGCAUGUCGUACGAUUGA